AAUCGAAACAAUAUGGCGAUUGUUGACGAAGCUGUAGCCUAGUUGUCAAAGGAAUUAUAACACAGAAGUAUGUAUUUCCCAUUAGGAUGGCCGAAACGACUGAAGACGACAAAGGGACGAUGUCAGGCUAUAAACCAUAUUGUGAGCAGCUGUGAUCGAAUGCUUUUUGCUGUUAUAUCAGAGAGGGCUCUCAAUAUUUGGUACUCAAAGCCAUGUGUUCAGGUGGUGACCUUGACCUUGUCACAGAACCUUCUGUCGGAGGUGGGCACUCUGCGCAGAGGAGAAUGGAAGCCAGACUCGUCACUCAUUGCCAUCAUGACGGAGCACAACUGCGUGCUGUUCCUGAAGGUGGAGGUUGACACGUCCGUGGCCAACCAUCACUGCCUCUACGUCAUGCAGGAAGGGAAAGUUCCUGUGGCUCCCAAAAUCAACAUAAAUGGCAUCUUAGACAGUGACAGCGUCCCCGCUAUAAGACUGACCUACUUAGCCCACGUCAGUCUCCAGUCACACAUCUCCUGCUUCCUGUCGGUGAGAGAUGAGCUGGUGGUGGCCACAGAGGACGGCUGUCUCAACAGACUGCGCUGGACGGGCAACAAGAACGAGAAGGCCACGCUCCACCUCAAGGACAUCCCCAUCUCCACAGACCUGCAACAGUUCAGAGCGGCGCGCCUGUCGCACACGGACUGCCACGUGGUGGAGAUGGAGUACAGCCCCACGCUCGGCGGCUACAGCAUGGUGCUCUCCUCUGGCCGCGCUGUCUUCGUCAUCCCGCCAUCCAACAGGGGAGAGAAGACGACGGCCAACGGCGUGUGGGCUCAGGAGGUGAGCAACGCGUCCAGUGUGGCGGUCAACCACAGGUACAGACUCAUCGCCUUCGGAUGUCAGAGUUCCCCAGCGGCGCGCCUGUCGCACACGGACUGCCACGUGGUGGAGAUGGAGUACAGCCCCACGCUCGGCGGCUACAGCAUGGUGCUCUCCUCUGGCCGCGCUGUCUUCGUCAUCCCGCCAUCCAACAGGGGAGAGAAGACGACGGCCAACGGCGUGUGGGCUCAGGAGGUGAGCAACGCGUCCAGUGUGGCGGUCAACCACAGGUACAGACUCAUCGCCUUCGGAUGUCAGAGCGGUGACGGGAUUGUCUACCACCUUGAUGAAGCUGUGGGCGCCCUGGAGAUCUCGCACAAACUGGUCAUAUCAAGCAAGGAGUUCCCAGAUGCGGGCCUGAUCGCCGGCUCGGUGACCUGCAUGAAGUGGACGCCGGACGGCACAGCUCUGGCCCUGGCCUGGGCCAACGGAGGUCUGUCCCUGUGGAGUGUGUUUGGCUCGCUGCUGCUGUGCACGCUGGGCGGGGAUUACAGUCUGUCCACAGACACGGGAACGCUGUUCCCCCCUCCCAUCGUGUCGAUGGAGUGGGGCCUAGAAGGCUAUCACCUGUGGAUGGUCACGUGUCCGAGCAAAGCGUCCCGGGGCACGAAGACACGACACAACGACACCAACCACAAGCCCAACUUUGACACGGCGUCGGACGGACAGCACAACAGCAACAACAACAACGGCGCUGGGGACGUCGCCGAUGAUGAGGAGGAGGAGGAGGGUGAUGAUGAUGAGGGUGUCAAGGACAACCGGUUCAGGGAAGAGAAAGAGCAGCCGCUGUCGACGAACCUGAUUCAGUUCCAGUUUUUGAAGAGUGCUCUGACGGUGAAUCCGUGCACGAGCAACCAUGAGCACGUGUUCCUCCAAGGCGAGGACAAGCUGUACAUGAGCACGGGGGACACCAUGUCACGUGGGUCCUCACAGACGCACAACCUCCGCGGCAGCUCGGCCUCCAUCAACUCCAGCCACGGCUACAUCGGCAACAAGCAGUGGCAAGUCAUCCCCAUCUCGCACAGCUACCUGGCCUCUAACUGGCCCAUACGGUACGCCUCGGUGGACCGGGCGGGCCAGUGCGUGGCGGUGGCUGGCAAGACAGGCUUCGCUCACUACGCUCUGUUCAGUCGCAAGUGGAAGCUCUUCGGCAACGAGACACAGGAGAGAGACAUGGUGGUCUCGGGCGGGAUCACCUGGUGGAAAGAUUUCGUCUGCCUGGCCUGUUUCAACAUUCAGGGACAGCGCGACGAGAUCCGGUGCUACCCUCGCACGUGUAAACUGGACAACACGUUCUCCCAGGUGGUGCGCGUCCAGUCGCAGGUGCUGCUGCUCAACACGUUCCGAGACAUCCUCAUUGUGUUCUGCGCCGACAGCCACGUGGCCAUGUUCAGUCUGGAGAGGAAGAACACGCAGCCCAUAGGUGGCAAGCUGAUGCCGUCGGCCAAGGAGGCGGAGUCUAUGCUGGUCAACGUGUCGGGGAAGCUGCUAAUGUUCCAGCGAGACCGCUCGGGGCCGCAGAUCAAGGAGGAGAAGAACAAACCGCGGGCUCUCCCGUUCUGCAACCCGUCUGUGGUAGCGACGUCGGUGGAGAACCUGUGGACCACCACGCGGGCCAACGUAGGCAAGAUACAGCUGAUGGAAGCCAUGUGGCUGGGCUGUGGUUCCCACGGCAUGAAGGUGUGGUUACCGUUGUUCCCUCGAGAUGAAGGAAAAGCCCACAACUUUAUGUCCCGGAGGAUCAUGCUGCCCUUCAGAGUAGACAUCUACCCACUCGCUGUGCUGUUUGAAGACGCUGUGAUCCUCGGGGCAGCUUGCGACGUGGUCUCGUACACGCUGUCCUCGUCCGCUCCCACAAACUCCGAUAUGCCAUUUUGUACACUGGAAAGAACUAGUCAAAUUUAUCUUCAUCAUAUUCUUAGACAACUACUCAGAAGAAACCUUGGUGUGAAUGCCCUUGACCUUGCUCGUAGCUGCACGGAGCUGACCUACUUCCCCCACGUGCUGGAGCUUCUGCUGCAUGAGGUGUUGGAGGCUGAGGCCACGUCGAAGGAGCCCAUCCCAGAUCCUCUGUUGCCGAGGGUCGUGGCCUUCAUCCAAGAGUUCCCAGAAUUCCUGCAGACGAUCGUGCACUGUGCGCGUAAGACGGAAGUUGCUCUGUGGCCGUACCUCUUCUCCACCGUCGGAAAUCCCAAAGAUUUGUUUGAGGAGUGUUUGAUCAACAAGAACCUGGAGACGGCGGCCACUUACCUCAUCAUCUUACAGAACCUGGAGAAGCCAAUCGUCAGUCGGCAGCACGCGACAAUUCUCCUGGAUUCAGCUCUGGACCAGGGCUCCUGGGAACUCUGCAGGGAUUUGGUUCGAUUCCUCAAAGCUAUUGAUUCCUCCGACGCCGUUGACUCGCCCAUCGCCAUACCCUCGAUGACGAACCCCAUCUCCCUGCGCUCGGGGUCAGGCACGUACCCCGCCUUCUCAGCCAGCCCCCCACUGUCUCCGACCGGUCACUAUGGCAACGUGUCCAACGUGGGCCGCAUGAGGACGGCCAGCAUCGCCGAGCCCCGCGACAUGAACUGGCCAGCCAAGGAGAAGGCCAAACAGACAAUGUCCGACUCGCUCAUCAGCGCUGGAAAGAGGCUGGUCGACUGGCCGUCCAAACCCAAACAGGCAGAGCCGACAGCGGAGCAGGUGUACAUCGACAUGAUCCUGUGUCGUCACGCUCGCAAACUGCUGGCCUCCAAUCAGAUCAGGACGCUGGGCUACUUCUCUGCCAACAUGGAGGACUUCCACCUGGUGUCCUGGCUCAAGAGAGAACGGGUGCGUGCGGGGAAGGUAGAGGACUUUGUCACAGGUCUGCGGGACAUCCACGCCCAGUUUGAGUGGCCCAUGCCCGUCCUGUCCUCCAGCGCUCUACAUCAGCUCAAGAAGUCGCACGCCGCGUCGUCGUCAUCGCUGUCCUCCUCCCUGCUCGACGAUGAUCUGCUGGGCCCGGCGGGCGACCACAUGUCGAGUCUGUCCUGCAGCGAGCCCACGCUGGUGCCCACCGCGGCCCACGAGAUGGCCAGCCCCGCCCUCCGGCACCAGCUGUCGGAGCAGGUCCUCUCGCAGGUCGCCUCUGACGAGAUCGUUCUCCGGCCGCAGUACUUGAGGACUGACGAGAGCAGCCUGGCGACCAUCGAGAUCUCGGACUCGAGCUCCCUGCUGGGCGACUACGAGGUGGUGAACGAGGCGGUGCUGGGCACGGACGCUCAGCUCACGCUGGACAUUGAGGGGAUGUCGCAGGAGGUGGCCACGCACCGCGGGCCCGAGCAGGCUCAUCUGGAGUUGGAGUACCUGCUGCACAUCAUGACGGAGGCGGGUUGCCUGGAGUGGGCGCUCAUCCUGGCCAUCGUGCUGCGGGACGCCAUGGCGGUGGUGCGAGUGGUCAACACGGCCAGCCUGACCGAGACGCCGCUGGACAUGGUGGCCCGCAUGAGGGAGGGGCUCAGCUUCCUGGAGCUCUGGGCAGACACGGAGUGCCUGGGCUACAAACCGUUCUUCCAAACAAUCCGCAAGGAGAUCGCCGUGUUGAGUAAGCUGGUGGAGACGUCUGCCGCACCGAGCCUCAGUCUGGACGUGUCGGGGUCGUCGGCCGAUAGCCAAUCCGUGGAGGAGGGCAACAUGUCGCCGGGCGUACAGUCGAUUCGUUCAGACGUUGACUCGCUUAUAGACGAGCAGGAGAAGACGGCCCAGUUGAAGGGCAGCGAGUGUCGACUGUCUUGAUGAUGGGCCCAACGUUAGCGACGAUGAAUUAUGUUUUUGCUCCUCAUAUCAUUCAAGCCUCCGUUGUUGCGGCCACGUUGGAAGACGCGUGAGGCGCCAUGAGAAGAAACCUUGUUGUGCGCGCCGGGCAUUCAACGAGCAGAUUUCUUCUUCCACCGUUACUUUUGGCGGCUCGAGCGAACAACCCGCUAGAAACUGUCUCAAGUUCCUCUCAGCUGACGCUCCAUACUGGAGUCCGUGACCAGUGGCUGUUGAAACGCCUGUGGUCGGUGUAUGUGUAGUACACAAGGAUCCAGUUUGUUUAAAUUCAAGUCAGCGGAUUCUUUGGUGCAGGAGGUGAGCAGCAUGCAUUUACCAUGAACAGCCAGUGUAAGACUAGAAAGUCAGCAGCGAAAGGACGUGGCCUCUGUAUGCCACAGAGAAAGCAAUCGGUUGAUCAAAAGUAAGAGAGAUGUUCAGAUGUGUUGUUUUAAUCAAGUCCUGAUUGUGCAGAUGUGGAGGUGGCCCUCUCGUGGCUAUACACACAACUUUGUGCUUUCACCGGGGAUGGUGAGCAGGUGGAUAGUUUGUGAGCUCUUCUGUUACCCUGGUGGCCCCAAAUUUAAUUAACAGUCCCACCCAUUGAGCAAUGACUGUGUGGUUCAGCAACAACCCGCUAAAGUCGGUUGAGAUUUCGGUAACAACGAGCUGGCGGGCUUUGCCGUGUGAACGAGUUCCCAUCGCUUGGGUCAGGCUUCAAGGCUUGGCUGUGGUGCAUGCUGGGUGCCACUUCCCAUCGUACAUUGUAAAAGCAUGAUAGCAGGAUAGGCAACUAGAUCUGACUAUUGUAGAAAUAUUUUUAGUUUAACUGUGGAGUAGAGUAUUUAUAGAGGUGGCGGUGAGGUGCGGUGUAUUCUUCUGGGCAUACAAUUUGGAAGCUGAUAAAAGAUGUGAUGAAAGGGAAAAUGUCUGAGUGAAUUUUGGGAGACUGCCUUGAUCGGGAAAAUGUCCAAGUGAAUUUUAGAAGACUGCCUUGAUCGGGAAAAUGUCAAAGUGAAUUUUGGGAGACUGUUUUGAAGGGGAAAAUGUUCAAGUGAAUUUUGGGAGACUGUUUUGAAGGGGAAAAUGUUCAAGUGAAUUUUGGGAGACUGUCUUGAACAGGACAAUGACCAAGUGAAUUUUGGAAGACUGCCUUGAUCGGGAAAAUGUCAAAGUGAAUUUUGGGAGACUGUCUGUGAAAAUGUGUAAGUGAAUCUUGGGAGAAAACCAGUGUGUUGUUGUGACUGUAGGCAUUUACAAUUUCUCCUGACCAUGUCUCAUAAUUGAUUUCGAUAUAUUAUAGUGUCAGAUAUUAUUUUUUCAUAGAACAAGUUUUACUUUUACAAGCGCAUGAACCAUCAGUGCAAUUUUAUGGCUCACCUUCAUGGUCACAGUAAGACCAGAGCAUAAAUAUUCAUAUAUUCAUGAACUGUUUUAGUGAGAAAAAAUAAAUUCUUAUGAGUACUAUUAUUAGCAUUAUUUCCACUUAUGACCAAAGACAAAAUAAAUCCUCAUGAAUGUACAAAAAACUGCUGUGCAGGAUUUGGCGUGCCAAUCGUCGUAGACUGAGUAGGCCUCUGCUCUUCAAUGUGUUGUUACUUCUCUCGGCACAGAUUGUAAAUACACGUUCUUAGAUGUGCUUAGUGUGUAGUUUGUGAGUGUGUGGUAUCUAGUGCAAAAAAAAUAAUGAAUGCGUCGUCAGAGGCAUAUUAUUGUGAUAAAUUAUGAUUUAAACAUUGGUUGGUGGGGGGAGGGAGGGAGGGGAUAUUGUUGCGGAUUUUUUGUUGGUUUCUACUGAUGACGUAUCCAGUUUAGAUAAUUCAGAAGUUAUUCACGCUCUAAGCGACACACUUGGACACCCAAAAAAGCCGG